CCCCCACAACCUAACCAACUGGCCCUUCUUGUUCACAACUCUCUCUCUCUCUCGCUCUCUCUGUGUGCGCGCACUGCCCUCUCUCUAUAUUUCAAACAAGAAGGGUACUUUCCGCUUUGGAACUCCACUGCCAGGUCUAAAUGUCACGUAAAGCAAGCAAGCGAGUGAGUUUCAGUCCCGAUGUCAAUGAUAAGCCAACUAUCUUUCUUAAACAUGGAAGUGGAACAAAAGUAGGUGGAAACAGGAAGAAGAUAGCUGGAACUCUCACUUUUAGGCUUCCUAGAACCUCAAAAUUUUCACCAGCAAGACUACUAAGGAGUCUCAGUGCUAAGGUAGCAAGAGUUCUACGUUUUGUGUCCAUGAGAAAGGAGUCUUCACAUAAUGUCACUUCAUCAAGUUUGCCAAGAUCAAGAUCACUUGCUGAAGCAGUAGACUCUCAACGAGCUGAAGCUAUUGAAGAUUGCAUCGAGUUCCUAAAUUCUUCAUCCUCUUUGCAGAGGUCAAACUCAGUUUCUACAUAUUCUUACUAAACUCCGCAGUCAUGAGAUAAGCACGUACAUGAAGGAUCAAAUAGUUCAUAUUAUUUCAUUGAUCAUCGGUGGUUUCUUAGUUCUUAUAGAGAAGCAAGCAAAUACUCAAGUGUAAUCAGUACAAAUAGCAACAGCCACUAAUAUGUUCAUGCGUACAGUUCGAGUAUCAAGAAUGUUUUGCAUAUA